CUGUUUUCUGCCAUUGUCGGUCUUUCUACGCGCUGAGACAGAGCGAAGGGAUGCCGUCUGGAGAAUACGAUUCUAAGCCCAGUUGGGCUGAUCAAGUUGAAGAAGAGGGCGACGAAGGUGAGGAGGACCUAGUCGGAAAAGGAACACUUCCAUCGCCCAAAGAGACAAUAAAAGGGAAUAUAAAAACUCUUACGGAGUAUAAGAUAGAUGAGGAUGGAAAGAAGGUUAAGAUUGUUCGCACCUUCAAAAUCGAGACCAGAAAAGCAUCAAAGGCUGUCGCCAGGAGAAAGAACUGGAAGAAGUUUGGAAAUUCUGAGUACGACGCGCCAGGACCGAAUGUGGCCACUACCACGGUCAGCGACGACGUCUUCAUGACCUUCAUUUCCAGCAAGGAGGAUCUGAAUAGCCAGGAUGACCAGGAUGAUGCAUUAAACAGGAUAAGGUGCCAGAAAAUCGUCUCCUGCCGGAUCUGCAAAGGCGAUCACUGGACCACCCGCUGUCCGUACAAGGACACCCUGGGGCCCAUGCAGAAGGAGCUGGCAGAGCAGCUGGGGCUGUCCACUGGGGAGAAGGAGAAGACCUCUGAGCCUGAGCCUGUGCAGCCAGCGCAGAGCAAGACGGGCAAGUAUGUGCCCCCCAGCCUGCGGGACGGAGGCACUCGCCGUGGGGAGUCCAUGCAGCCGAAUCGCAGAGCUGAUGACAAUGCCACGAUCCGUGUGACCAACUUGUCCGAGGACACCCGGGAGACCGACCUGCAGGAGCUCUUCCGGCCCUUCGGCUCCAUCUCCAGGAUUUAUCUGGCCAAGGACAAGAACACUGGCCAGUCCAAGGGAUUUGCCUUCAUCAGUUUCCACCGGCGUGAAGAUGCAGCCCGAGCCAUCGCUGGUGUGUCUGGGUUUGGCUACGAUCACCUGAUCCUCAACGUUGAAUGGGCCAAACCCUCAAACAACUAGAAUUGAAAGAUUCACACGUGUUUUAUCUCAAGAAGAACAGAAUGAAAAAGAAUGGCUAACCUAAAUCAAAAUUGGAAUAUGAAUAAAGAUGAAUAAAUAUAA